CCACCAUUGCUGUUGCUAGCUUCACUGGUCUCACCAGAACUGAAGGACUUUCUGGGCAUUUCCCAAAUCUCUCCUACCCUUUCUCCUCCCUCAAAUACACCCAAUUCAGAGCCACCUUAUCUGCCUCCAUGGCCACCCCAAUCCAAGUCUCCGCUUCUUCCUCCUCAUCAUCAUCAUCCACCAUCGAUGAAAAGAAAGGUGCAGGGUUUGCUGGGAUUGUGGGAGCUAAUGACCUGUUGAUUGUUGGGCCCGGAGUACUUGGGCGGUUAGUUGCAGAGAAAUGGCGGGAGGAGCAUCCAGGUUGUGAAAUAUAUGGGCAAACGGUGACUGUUGAUCACCAUGAGGAGUUGAUCAAUGUGGGGAUUAAUCCAUGUUUGAAGGGGACCAAAACGGACCUUAAGUUUCCUAAUGUCAUUUUCUGUGCUCCACCAUCUAGAACCUCGGAUUAUCCCGGUGAUGUUCGCAGAGUGGCUGCAUUGAAAUGGAAUGGUGAAGGUUCUUUCUUGUUUACAUCAAGCUCUGCACCGUAUGAUUGCAAUGACAACAGUCCUUGUGAUGAGGACACUCCAGUAGUGCCAAUAGGAAGGAGCCCCAGGACCGAUGUCCUUCUUCAUGCAGAAAAAGUAGUGUUAGAGUUUGGUGGCGUUGUUCUUAGAUUGGCAGGGCUUUAUAAAGCAGAUAGAGGUGCUCAUGUUUACUGGUUAUCGAAGGGGACUGUAGACACAAAUCCAGAUCACAUUCUGAAUCUCAUACAUUACGAGGAUGCAGCUUCCCUAUCUGUUGCAAUCUUGAAGAAGCGAUUACGUAAUCGGAUUCUCUUGGGUUGUGACAAUCAUCCAUUGUCCAGGAAAGAAGUGAUGGAUUUGGUUAAUAAAAGUGGGAAAUUUACCAAAGUGUUUGACAGGUUUACAGGAACUACGGAUCCACUGGGUAAGAGAUUAAACAACUCAAAAACUCGUGCAGAAAUAGGGUGGGAACCAAAAUACCCCAGUUUCGCUCAAUUCCUUGAGAGUCUCUGAACUAAUGGUAACCUCUAUCUUCAUUGUGCGUCAAGUAUUGGUUAAGAUAGCCCAAGGAAUAUUUGCUACGGAGCUGCUGAGCAUGUAAAGAUUGUUUGCAUAUUGUGGCGAUACUUGCUGCAAUGGUCUGAAAUCUGUAGAAAACUGACAAUUCUGAACCUCUUCAACUUGAAAACUGAGUGGCUGGUUUGAACAUUUAACUUCAUGUCUUCAUGUAUCUUUGUACAGGCAGCUUAUAUAUCAUUGGUCCCAAAUUAUCUCUCCCCCAUGUGUGAUGUGUGAUUCUUUUCCUCGUUCUGUGUUUUCUUUGCUGUUACAUGAGAUGUAUCCACCUGCUUAUGCACAAUUAUUAUUUCAUCAUCAUGAAUGUUUAAUAUUGGAUUGUGAUUUGACAGAGUUUUGUGGGAAUCUUUAUAAAAUAACCAUUAAUGACUGAAAAAUUGAUAUAUGCAAGUUGCAGUUCAGUUUAGACAUGAUCCUUUCGUGAAGGUGGUGAUGGAAAUAUUUCUCUUUAAUCAUCCAUUUUGGUUGUAUUAUUUAGCCCUAGUUAACCCUUUUCAAUUUGCCAGUAAAAAUAAUUUUUUUGCUUGGAAAAAGCUGCUUAUUUAGAAAUUAAUUCCUAAUCGCAUGGCCAUCUUUUCUCCAGUAUUUAUAUAGUCCUUCUCUUUUCCUUUCUUACAUACCAGUUGGAGAUAAAACAGUCCUUCUCUUUUCCAUUCUUACAUACCAGUUGGAGAUGAAGUUAUGAAACUACAAUGAAGGAGCAGAGAUUGAUUCUAUCCCAAGAAAUGCUGAUUUACAUUUACUGUGUAACUUAGCGGUAGAAAAAGGAAUAGACGAGGAAGACAACAUUUUCUGGCUAUCUGCAGCAGUCAACUUGUUAUACUACUCUAUAGCAGGGACCAGGUCCCCAAAUUAUCAACCUAUCAGAGCCAGGUCCGUACUAGAAUACAAAUAUUGUAUUGGGUUCAAGUCAAGUUGACUUGGUAAUUUAUAGUCUAUAAACUAGACAAUUCUGAAUCCUGGAUCUCAUACUUGCAC